CCCCCCCGCCCCCCGCCCCCCCCCACCAGGAUGGCUGGAAUGGCCUUAGCCAUGAGGCUUUUAGAUUUGUUUCAAGAAGGGAUUAUGCGUCAGAGGCAAUUAAGGGUGCAGUUGUUGGUAUUGAUUUGGGUACUACCAACUCGUGUGUGGCGGUUAUGGAGGGCAAACAAGCAAAGGUCCUGGAGAAUGCUGAAGGUGCCAGAACUACCCCUUCUGUUGUUGCCUUUACAGCAGAUGGAGAACGACUUGUUGGCAUGCCAGCAAAGCGACAGGCUGUCACCAACCCAAACAAUACAUUCUAUGCUACAAAGCGUCUAAUUGGACGUCGAUAUGAUGACCCUGAAGUACAGAAAGACACUAAGAACGUUCCCUUUAAAAUUGUCCGUGCCUCUAAUGGUGAUGCCUGGGUUGAAGCUCAUGGAAAACUGUAUUCUCCAAGUCAGAUAGGAGCAUUUGUGUUGAUGAAGAUGAAAGAGACUGCAGAAAAUUACUUGGGUCACACAGCAAAAAAUGCUGUGAUCACAGUCCCUGCUUAUUUCAAUGACUCACAACGACAGGCUACUAAGGAUGCUGGCCAGAUAUCUGGGCUAAAUGUACUUCGAGUGAUUAAUGAACCUACAGCUGCUGCCCUGGCCUAUGGUCUGGACAAAUCUGAAGAUAAAAUCAUUGCUGUGUAUGAUUUAGGUGGUGGAACCUUUGAUAUUUCUAUCCUGGAAAUUCAGAAAGGAGUGUUUGAGGUGAAAUCCACCAAUGGGGACACUUUCUUAGGAGGUGAAGACUUUGACCAAGCUUUGUUGCGGCACAUUGUCAAGGAGUUCAAGAGGGAGACGGGGGUUGAUUUGACCAAAGACAACAUGGCACUUCAGAGAGUUCGAGAAGCUGCUGAGAAGGCUAAGUGUGAACUCUCCUCAUCUGUGCAGACUGACAUCAAUUUGCCAUAUCUGACAAUGGAUGCUUCUGGACCCAAGCAUUUGAAUAUGAAGCUGACUCGAGCUCAGUUUGAAGGCAUUGUCACAGACCUAAUCAAGAGGACUAUUGCUCCAUGCCAGAAAGCUAUGCAAGAUGCAGAAGUCAGCAAGAGUGACAUAGGAGAAGUGAUUCUGGUUGGCGGUAUGACGAGAAUGCCCAAGGUUCAGCAGACUGUGCAAGAUCUUUUUGGCAGAGCCCCAAGUAAAGCUGUUAAUCCUGAUGAAGCUGUAGCCAUUGGAGCUGCCAUUCAGGGAGGUGUGUUGGCUGGUGAUGUCACAGAUGUGCUACUCCUGGAUGUCACUCCCCUCUCUCUGGGUAUUGAGACUCUGGGAGGUGUUUUUACCAAACUUAUUAAUAGGAACACCACUAUUCCAACCAAAAAGAGCCAGGUAUUUUCUACCGCUGCUGAUGGACAAACGCAAGUAGAGAUUAAAGUGUGUCAGGGAGAGCGAGAGAUGGCUGGAGACAACAAACUUUUAGGACAAUUUACUUUGAUUGGAAUUCCUCCAGCCCCUCGUGGAGUUCCUCAAAUUGAAGUUACAUUUGACAUUGAUGCCAAUGGGAUAGUACACGUUUCUGCCAAAGAUAAAGGAACAGGACGUGAGCAACAGAUUGUAAUCCAGUCUUCUGGCGGAUUAAGCAAAGAUGAUAUUGAAAACAUGGUAAAAAAUGCGGAGAAGUAUGCUGAAGAAGACAGGAGAAAGAAGGAACGUGUUGAAGCAGUUAAUAUGGCUGAAGGAAUUAUUCAUGACACAGAAACCAAGAUGGAAGAAUUCAAGGAUCAGUUACCUGCUGAUGAGUGCAACAAGCUAAAGGAAGAGAUUUCCAAAAUGAGAGAACUCCUUGCUCGAAAGGACAGUGAAACAGGAGAAAACAUUAGACAGGCAGCAUCUUCACUUCAGCAGGCAUCCUUGAAACUCUUUGAAAUGGCAUAUAAAAAGAUGGCAUCUGAACGGGAAGGUUCUGGGAGUUCUGGUACUGGGGAACAGAAGGAAGAUCAGAAGGAGGAGAAACAGUAACAGUGGCAGCACAUUGUCAAGCCAGAAGAGCACAACAUACCAUGAAGCUUGGGAGUAAAGGGACUUCCUGAGCAGAAAAGGGGCAAAUUUCAGUCUUUUUACUGUGUUUUUGCAGUAUUCUAUAUAUAAUUUCCUUAAUAUAUAAGUUUAGUGACAAUUAGCUAACUCAUUUAAUGGGUGGUAAAUUCAGCAGUAGCAGGUUCAUACUGUUCUGUCACUAGCCUGUUAUUUUUCAGCCGCAUGAAAAGGGGUUGGGUGGGGCUGUAUACCAAUCAUUAUUAAGGUAUAUCCGGUUUGUGCUGAAAUGGCCAUGUUUCUAGGUAUGAAACCCAUUUCACAUGCAAUAAGACUAUCUGUAGAUCCUGUUGGCCAAGAGUACUGCUAUAAAGAAUGACCUAUGUGUAUAGGGAUUGGUCCUUCAACUGAGGCCUUGCAUGACAGCUACCUGUGCCAUGGUUUGUAGGUGCAAAGCUAGGUCAGUGGAUAACAGCUGUGUUAACUAUAGCUUAAAGAGACAGGGGAGAGAUGAAGUCUCUCUUGGUCCUAAGGCAUAUCUUUCUAGCUACCCUCUUGGUUGGCCUGUGUCUUGGAACCUGUAUCCUUGAUGAUUGUUCUUUUCAUCCAUUCUGGAUUUUUUUUUUUUUUUUAAAUAAAAUUCCAAAAGCA